ACAGUUAAUCACGAGUAUUCAUUCACGCGCCCUCGCUCUUGGGACAAAAUAUAAGAGGAAUAGUUUCGUGAGUCGGUGGUCAUUCAGUUUUUAGUCGCGGUUCAACCACGUCGCUGACAACAUGUAUCGGUUUAUGUUAUUCGACUAACCGAGUGGUGCUUGUUGAAACUUGACGAAAAUGUCAUCCUGAAAGAGAGCUUGCCCAAAGUGAACCGUUUUGCAAUUCACACGUGACAUUUAUUCAUUGUUCAGCUUGUAAUUGUCAUUGAAAAGUGACUGGCUAUCGCCCAAAUAAAACUAAAAUUCAUAGCAGCACUUUUGUGGAUUACUUUUAGGAGAAUAAAAAAAAUGGCUUGCCCCUUAUCAGACGAUAUUGUGGAAGAUCAUGAUCAAGAAACUGAUCAAUUGGCCGAAGGGCCGGGUAUGCUUUAUGGUGAAUAUCUUCGAUUGGAUAAAAUUUUAACCGCACAAAGGUUGCUGAGCGCCGAGUACAACAAGGAAGUACACGACGAACAUCUCUUUAUCGUCACUCAUCAGGCAUACGAACUUUGGUUCAAACAAAUCAUCUACGAAUUAGACUCAGUCAGAGGUCUUUUCAACUCCGAACCAAGCGACUAUGAUUUGAAUGGUACCACCAACAAUCACACUGCUGUUCCGAAGUCUCGGAUCUCCCAAGUUCUAGACGAAUCAAGGACCUUGGAAAUCUUGAAAAGAUUAAAUCGUAUUGUACUUAUAUUGAAACUACUAGUGGACCAGGUGACAAUUUUGGAAACCAUGACGCCGCUGGAUUUUAUGACAUUUAGAGACUAUCUGUGUCCAGCCUCUGGCUUCCAAUCGCUACAGUUUCGUCUAUUGGAGAAUAAAUUGGGCGUGAAACAGGAUCAUAGAGUCAAAUAUAGUCAAAGUUACACAAGAAUAUUCGGAAGGGAUCCAAAAGCUAUCGAGGCAAUUAAACGUUCAGAAGAUGAACCUAGUCUCAGUUAUCUUGUUCAAAAAUGGUUAGCGCGAACACCAGGCCUGGAACCUUAUGACUUUGAUUUCUGGGGGAAAUACAAAAGAUCCGUCGAGAAAUUGCUCGUUGAACAGGAGCAACUUGCUCGAACACAUACGAAAGAACAGCUCAGAAAUUAUCAUUUGGCAAAUAUAGAUUCUCGGAAAGCAAUAUUCGAGACAAUAUUCAAUGAAUCUCUUCACAAUGCGCUCGUAUCUCGUGGAGAAAGAAAAUUCGCAUACGGCGCUCUUCAAGGUGCAGUGAUGAUCACACUGUACCGCGACGAACCAAGAUUUAGCCAACCUCAUCAAAUUUUGACCGCAUUAAUGGACAUUGAUUCUCUAAUUACUAAGUGGAGGUAUAAUCAUGUUUUAAUGGUUCAAAGAAUGAUUGGUUCUCAACAACUCGGAACUGGAGGAUCUUCGGGAUAUCAAUAUUUAAAAUCUACUUUAAACGAUAGGUACAAGGUAUUUUUAGAUUUAUUCAACUUGUCAACAUUUCUGAUACCUCGCCAUAUGAUUCCGCCAUUGACAAAACAGAUGAAGACAAAAUUAUCCAUUGCUUGCAACGGAUGGAAUCCUGAUGAUAAUCAAAACAAUUCUGAAUGUACAGUGAACGAUACGUAGGAGAUGGCCUGAUAAUGCCGUAACUUUUAGGAUACAAGAGUAUAGAUAAACCAAUAGAUAAUAUCGAAUACAUAAAUGUAGAAAUAACAAUAUAAAUCUUUAUUUUAUUUUAUAUUAGAAUAUUUGUAAAAAUAUACAAAUGGCUGCAUAAUACUAGCAUAAAAAUUCUGUCAAUUGUCGAAUAUACGUGUAAAAGAUGUUAUUGUUAUUAAUAUUAUUUUCACGAAUAUUAUUGUUAUUAAUAUUAUUGUCACGAAUAUUAUUGUUAUUAAUAUUAUUGUAUGUAUUUUCAAAGUACCUCGAUUAAAAAGAUACUUUUAUGUACAUUUUAGGAUCAAUAUAAAUAUUUUCUUCAAAUAUUUUCGUUUAUAUCGAUAGAUUGCUUCAAAGAACAUUUAGUGACGAUACUUGAUUCGCUAUGCCUGUUAUAAAAAAAUGUUCGAUAUAAAAUUGAUGAAUCUGAUAUGUAAAUGAUACAAGAUAAAUCCAUACCGCAUAAA